GCUCAAACACCUAAAUUCGCUUUUUCUCGAUAAUGACAAAUUUGUAUAAGCAAUAUUUGAAGUUGCUGCAAAAAUGGCCAGUUGAUAAAUUAAAAUCCAAGGAUCUUGGUCAACACAUACGUAAUGAAAUUAAAAUUGCGUUUAGCAAAGGAAACGAUAGUACAAUAAAAGAUAUAGAAAAAUGUCAACGUUAUUACGAAAGUCUCGAGAGAUUGGCAUCAAAUUAUUAUGGUAAUAAAUAUCCAUGCACGUUUACGAAAACUGCAACGGGCAUAAAACCUGAACACUGUACCUUAAUUUUAAGUCCAGAAAUUCAAGAUUUUCUCCAGCAGAAAAAGUUGGGAUAUUUUGCCAGAUUUAAGCAAAAGUUAAGAAACAUCUUUAGUAAUAAAAUUUCAGCCAUAGACAUUAAUAAUAAGUAACUUGUUUGUAAGUAGCGUUAUAAAAGUGAUGAUGUUUUUGCUCAACGCUCUUAGGUAUUUUAAAGUAUCUACGAGACUGUGUAGUACUCGGAGUCUUCUCCAUAGGAGUUGCGAAUCCAAGAUAGAAUCAUGUAAUAAUACACAAAUUCAUGUUCCAGUGAUGGUAGAGGAGACGUUAAAAUAUUUGAACCUCUCGCCAGGAGAUACGAUAAUUGAUAUGACAUUUGGCGCGGGUGGUCAUUCUAAGAAAAUUUUAGAAUCCAUACCCGAUGUGAAAGUCUUUGCUCUCGAUAGAGACGAGGUAGCGAUAAGCUGUGCUAAAAAAUUGGCGGAACGAUACCCAGGCCAAGUAAUACCAUUAGUUGGUAGAUUUUCCGAACUUUUAUCGUUACUAAAGAAUCACAAUGUGAAGAAGAAUAGUAUCGAUGGCAUACUUUUUGAUUUUGGCUGCUCAUCCAUGCAAUUUAAUACACCGGCGAGAGGCUUUAUGAUAUCAAAAAAUGGACCGUUAGAUAUGAGAAUGGAUGGAUUUAGGUGUCCCGAUAAUCCAACGGCAGCUGAUAUUCUUGCUAAGAUCGAAGAAAAAGACUUAUAUUGCAUAUUGAAAUGUUAUGGAGAAGAGAAGAGAGCGAAAAAAAUUGCACGAGCUAUCAUUGACGCGAGAUAUACAUUUAGAAAUUUAAGGACGACGCAUGAAUUGGCUCAACUCGUCGAGUCAUUGUUCCCCGAUGAGACUAACGUCGACUCGUUGGGGAGGUUUCAACAUUCUGCUACAAAAACAUUUCAAGCGUUGAGAAUUUUCGUGAACAACGAGUUGAAUGAAAUUAAUUAUGCCAUGAUAAUUGCAGACAAACUUCUGAAAAUUUCUGGUCGGUUGGUAACAAUAUCUUUUCAUUCCUUGGAAGAUACUAUAGUGAAAAGACACAUUUUUGGAAAUGUUAAGGAUGGCAUGGCUAACCAAUUACCACUGAAAUACAUAAAUUAUGGGAAAACGUGGGACAAUCAAGAGGAUGUAAAAAAUAUGACAGAGACUUCGUGGAAAAUGUUGCACAAACAUGUUUUAAUGGCUAGUAACAAAGAAGUCAGCAUGAAUCCUCGAUCUCGGUCGGCAAAAUUUCGAGGAAUCAUCAAGAUUAAGUAAAAUUUGAUAUUCAUAAAGAAUUUAUUUCACUUUAAGUAAUCCACAAGAUAAA